ACAAAACCACCCGAGAAAGACUACCUGUGCAAGGAGCAUCGUAUAGUGGCAUACGGGGGCAAUUUCCGUUCUGACGAGGACCCCCAGACAACGGAGCAAAUGCACAUUAGCAACAUCCGCGAUAGUUAUGUCGGAAAAUAGCGAGUUGGCCUCGUCGCCAGCGCCCACGGUGGCUGAUCUGCUCAAUGACGAAAUCGCAAAGCUGCGGGCUCAAGUCGAGUCCCUCAAGCGUGAUGUAGCGCUGCAUAGCAGCACUCUACUCGCGACACCAGCCUUUGUCCAGUCUCUCGAGCAACAAAUCUCUCAGCCCAAAGCGAAACAGCGCCGCACGCGAGCAGCAUCGCAGAAGACGCAGGCGGAGAGAUUGCUCGUUCGAGCCAAGGAACAGCAGGCACAUGCUCAACAGUCGCUGUAUCGUAUGUGCGCUUCCGUCACGACCUUCCGUGUUACCGAUCCCGACCCAAACGCAGUCGACAAUGGCAACGUGCUCGGUAUUCGUUUCGAGGUCAUGUCCCACGCCCGCUUCUUGAAACCGUACUUUGUUAUGCUCAAUCGCCCGUAUACCCGAAGCAAGGCCCUACGGGUCCACCGCCACACAGUACCGCCUAGCAUUCCCUUGGGAGGUUUGGCAGCGCGAUACCUGCCCGCUCCGAAGGGUGACCGGCAGAGGGAUGACCGGCGUCAGAAUGAGGCCCGGCAGGAUCUUCCUCGUUUUGUACGCACGCUCAGAAGAGAGCUCGUGCGCUUUCACAAUCGAACGUCUGUCAUUAGCGAUCUUCGCGACGCCACGACCAAUCGCGAACCAGACACCUCGAUAAUGGCAGAUGGCGAUGACUCGGCCAUAGUGAACAUUCAGGCCGCGGAUGCCGAGGCCAAGCAGGUCAGCAUCGAAUGGGCUGAUGGCCGCGCUGGACGGCUGGUCAUGAACGACAAUGGCGAGAUCGUAAAAAUGGUCGUCCAAGCCGAGCAGGGUCGCGACCGCGAGACGGUAAGAGGGUUCUUAGGCGGUGCAACUCGAGUGGAAGAGGUCGUGGACCGCAUGAAGGGCGCCGCAACAGGACCUUCGGUGUAGCAACGCCUUGACUUGCAUCGACCUCCAGUCUCAGUAUCGUGGCCUAGUGUCCAAGAUAUCUUGUCUCGAGCCCGGACCGCAGACCGGACA